AUGACCCACCUGCUACCCCCAAAUCUUCUCAAGCUCUUUGUGCCACGCCCAACAUUCGAGCAUGCCCCCUCGCUACCUGCCGACAGGGACAUUGUCAACCGUACAUCCCGGCAACAGAGGAGCCGGAGACCACUCGAUGGAGUCGCGCCCACAUUAGAGAGGGUGAAGCAGGAAGCGGCAGACAAGGGAGAAGCUACAGAAGGAGCUGAGGGAGAGCAGUUCACCGAUGCGGAAUAUGUCAGAGUGGAAAAGAGGAGAGAGGAAAAGAAGAAGGCCUUUGAAGAGUACUAUAAGCGGGCGCAGGCAGAAUGUGAGGAUGAUCCACAGAAAGAUCCGAAGGCAGAAGGCGACCCAUUCAAGACGCUCUUCAUCUCUAGAUUAGCGGAAGAGACGACCGAAUCAGAUCUACAAAAGGACUUUGGCGUCUAUGGACCGAUAGAGCAUCUGAGGCUCAUCAGAGGGCAGGAUGGCAAGUCGAGGAGAUAUGCCUUCAUUGUGUACGAGAGGGAAAAGGAUAUGAGGACGGCAUACAAGGAUGCAGAUGGGCUCAAAAUUCACGGCAAGAGGAUAUUGGUCGAUGUGGAGCGGGGGAGGACAGUCAAGGACUGGAAGCCAGUGAGGCUGGGAGGUGGGCUGGGUGUGAGCCAAGAGGCAAAGAAGAAGAAGGAGGCAGAAGAGCUAGCAGCGCAGCAACCAAUGGGCUUCGGUAGUGAGUAUUGGGUGUCCAAGCGAAAGACAACGAGGUACUGCUUGCUUACGUGA